AUGGCCAACGUGACUGAUCCGCUCAUCGCCGCCGUCUCGGGGACGGACCCUCAGAACUUGAUGGAAUACAUUACGAGGCAAAAAAUCUACGACUCGAGGUUCUGGAAGGAAGAAUGCUUUGGGUUGUCCGCCGCCGAUGUGAUUGAAAAGGCUACGAAAUCACUGGUGUGCAUUGGAGGGACCUAUGGUGGAAACCACAAGCCUUCCAAGUUUCUAAGUCUGACUCUGAAAUUGCUGCAGUUGCAACCCGAUUUGGAAUUGGUAUUGGAAUUCAUCCAACAGGACCAUUUCAAGUACGUCAAGGCACUAGGGGCCUUUUAUUUGCGAUUGACGGGGCGACCUGCUGAAAUUUAUGAACAUUUGGAGCCUCUGUACAGCAACUUUGACAAAUUACGGUAUCGGGACGUGACGGAAUGGAAAUUGGUGCACAUGGACGAGUUUGUCCAUGAUUUGUUCACCAAACCAAUUGCCUGUGGAAUUUCCAUGCCCCGAUUGCCUCAUCGAGCAACCUUGAUAACGGAAGGAUAUUUGGAAGAGACUAGUGGACCUGGUGGUUUGCGGAAAACGGCAUUGGACGAAAAGAUUUCGGAAGCAGGAGGCAUCAAGGAAUAUCUGAAACACAAAAUGGAAGUGGAACAAAGUGAGGGGGCGGCAGUGCUUUGGGAAAAGUUCUUUCCAGACGAAGUGGACACGAAAAAGAAAAAGAAGAAGAAGAAAGAAUCUCAAAAGGAUGCUGGUGUCGAGCAAAGCACCGAAGAUGGGGAACUGGAGGAUUCAUCGAGCAAGCCGCAACAUGAGUCAUCGAAACGAAAACAUGGCGACAGCAAGGAAGAUAAGAAAAAGAAAAAGAAGAAACCGAAAUAUGGAAGCUUAUUCAAAUCCGAUAAACCCAAAAAAGACAAAAAUAAGUCGUCAGCACCACAAGAGAUUGGAAGCGGCGGAGCAGGGGAAGGAACGGACGAAUAUUGGAACGAACAACGGGCCAAGUUGGGAUUGAAACCACUGAAUAGUAGCUAG